AGCUUCAGAAAUUAGGGGGGAAAUUAGGGAGGAAGAAGUAUCCCAUAAUCAGGCCUGGAGGAGGGAGGAGCAUUUCCCUUACCUGAGGGUGCCCGCCUCUGCCCUUGUUUGCUCAGAGAUAGGCAGUCUCUCUCCUGCCCAGCACAAGGCGGCUGCCCUUCGGGUUUUCCUAGACCCUCACGUCCUCCAGACUUACCGACGACAGCACCAGGAGACAUGGCUUGGGCCCUGGCGGGGGCUUUCCUCUGCGGACCCUUGCUGGGCUUCCUGUGCCUGAGCGUCCCAGGGCUAGCCGUGGAGGUGACUGUGCCCGCUGAGCCACUGAGCAUGCCAAUGGGCAAGACAGCCGAGCUGAGCUGCAGUUACAGGACGUCGGUGGGAGACAGCUUCGCCUUGGAGUGGAGCUUUGUCCAGCCUGGGAGGCCCAUCUCCACAUCUCUUCCAAUUCUGUACUUCACCAAUGACCAUCUGUAUCCCACCGGCUCCAAAGCAGAUCGGGCCAGCCUUCUCCACAACCCCCCCACAGGAGGAGUGGCUACCCUGAAACUGACUGACCUCCGCCCCUCAGACACUGGAACCUACCUCUGCAACGUUAACAACCCACCAGACUUCUACACCAAUGGGUUGGGGUUAAUCAACCUUACUGUGCUGGUGCCCCCCAGUCACCCACUAUGCAGCCGCAGUGGGCAAACCUCUGUGGGAGGCUCCGCUGCCCUGAGAUGCAGCUCCUCUGAGGGAGCGCCCAAGCCAGUGUACAACUGGGUACGUCUCGGAUCUUUUCCUACACCUCCUCCUGGCAGCAUGGUUCAAGAUGAAGUGUCUGGCCAGCUCACUCUCACCAACCUCUCCCUGACCUCCUCUGGCACCUACCGUUGUGUGGCCAGCAACCAGAUGGGCAGUGCCUCCUGCGAGCUGAACCUCUCAGUGACUGACUCAUCGGAAGGCCGAGUGGCCGGAACUCUGAUUGGGGUGCUCCUGGGUGUGCUGCUGCUGUCAGUGGCUGCAUUCUGCCUAAUCAGGUUCCAGAAAGAGAGGAAAAAGGAACCCAAGGAGACAUAUGGGGGAAGUGACCUUCGGGAGGAUGCCACGGCUCCUGGGGUUUCUGACCAAGCCUCUGUGAGGGCCGAUUCCAGCAAAGGGCUCCUGGAGAAGUCCCCAUCCACCAGCACCGUGACGACCAAGUCCAAACUCUCUAUGGUUGUCUGACUUCUGAUCCCUGAAGGGGUGGUGAGGGGGGGAUGUUAAUAAUUAAAGCCGUUGGGUACCAUGUUA